AUGGAAAACCCAAAUAAUUUCCCAGUAUUGUCAAGAACACAUAACAAUAUUUUGCUAAUCACACUAAAUAGAGCUUCAGCUCUCAACUCACUCAAUCUAGAAAUGCUUGGAAUCUUAUCACAAAUAACUCAGGAAGCAGAAAAAUCAAACUCUCCAAUAAUUUUUAUAGGCGAAGGACGUGCAUUUUGUGCAGGAGGAGAUAUAGUGAGCAUUGCUAAAGGUGACACAAGUCCUGAAGAGUUUUUUGGGUCAGAGUUUACCUAUUUCCACUAUUUAUCCAGGCUUCAUACAGAAAGAAUUGCAAUUAUGGACGGUAUUGUUAUGGGCGGAGGUGUAGGGCUAUCAAUGGCUUGUUCUAAAAGGAUAGCAACACCAAAGACUUUAUGGGCCAUGCCUGAAACUGCAAUUGGUUUUACGCCAGAUGUUGGAUCUACUUAUUUUCUAAAUAGAAUAAAUCCACCUGAGCUAGGGCUUUAUUUAGCCUUAACAGGUGACAGAUUAUCUGGUGUUGACUGUUUUUUAUUUGGAAUUGCAGAUUAUUAUAUAGAAAAUAGUAUAGAAACUGUAAAAAAUCAAUUAAUUCAAGAAGAUUUUGCCACUGUUUUAGCAAGACAUCAUACAGAUCCAAAUCCAAGCAAUUCAAAAAUUAUGCAAAAUAUCCAAAACAUUAGAUAUUGUUUUGAAACUCAUGGAAAUCUAGAAGGCAUUUUAGGAAAACUCAAUAAUUUGAAUAAUCAAUGGUCUACACAAGUUCUUGAAAAAUUGCAAGAAAUGUGCCCGCUGUCGCUAAGGAUUGCAUAUGAGUCUUUUAACAGAGGAAGACACAUGAAUUAUGCGGAAUGCUUGAUAAUGGAGUAUAAUCUUGUAAUACAGUUAACAAAGCACAGAAAUUAUAAUUUCAAAGAAGCAGUCACUCAUAUACUUUAUUAGAUUAAUUUAAAAGUUUAGUAUCAUUUAGAAAUUAGCAAUUAUAGUUAUUCAAGUAUCACAUUAUCAUUUCUGCAAAGUAUAAAUUCAUAAAUAAAGCCAAAGGCAAGCCUAAUUGGAACCCAAGCAGCAUUUCUGAAGUUGGGGACUCAUUAACACUAACCUCUCCCUUCUUUAAAUUGGAGCAAAAUAUCGGUAAAAUUUUUAUUUUUUAGGUAAACUGCUCAAUUUAUUGGAACAAAAUUUUUAAUGGAAAUUUUAUGUUGAAAAAAGUCUAAUUUUAUGUAAAAUAGCUUUGAUCUUAUUUAAUAAAGGUAGUUCAAGUAGAAUAUAUAAACAUUUAUACCCUAAAUUGAUUAAAUUCUUGAAUGAAUUCUUAAUAAAAAUCAAUUAAAAUUUAAAGAUAUUGCAUUAAUUAAGAAUUUUUAUAUUAACUUUUAAAAAAAACUUUGAAAUUAGAACAGAAUUUUUUUCCAAUUUGAACCAGGGAGGGGAAGUAAGUUACUUCCUUAACACAGAAGGCCCAAGAUUAUCCUUACCGCGGCUUUAA